AUGGAGUACGUGAGCUGCGUACUUUGGGACGGGCUAUACCACAUCACGGGCACAGACAUUGUGCGUGCCCUUGUCUUCCGCUUCGAGGCGUUCGGCCGGCCCGUGCGCAACAUGAAGAAGUUUGAGGAGGGCAUAUUUAGUGAUCUGAGGAAUUUGAAGCCGGGCGUGGAUGCGUGUCUCGAGGAGCCAAAGUCGCCGUUCCUCGAACUCCUGUUCAAAUACCAGUGCAUCCGCACGCAGAAAAAGCAAAAGGUGUUCUACUGGUUCUCCGUGCCGCACGACCGUCUCUUCCUUGACGCCCUCGAGCGCGACCUUAAACGCGAACGACAAGGACUGGAGCCGACCACCGUCGUCACUGGGGAGCCAGCCCGGUCGUUCCGAUACACGUACGACCCGAAGCGCUCGCUCCCUGGCCCUGGCGGCACAAGCGCCUCGCGGAGAGGCGGGCGUAGAAGGUGGAAGCUCUGA